AUGAGUUCCCGGGAGUGCACCGCGAUGCACCUGUCGCGGACGCGCUCCCUGAUCGCCAACAUGAAUGGCUCGGCGCCUUCGUCGGAGGCCGGCUACAUCGAGAAAACCGCCGCCAACAACAAUAACUCUUCGGCACUCUGUGGAAACGGCGGGGGCAACGGGCGCAGUCUACUGCUGCCACCCAUCAAGAGCCAGACCAUCGUGGGCUCCAAGUUCCAGUCGAGCGUGCACAAGCAGUUCGACGUGGACCAGAACGGCGACUCGCCCGACAACAAAGCGGUCGCCGUUGUCGGAAGCGGCGGCGGCGGCGCGGGGAAAACAUUGGCGGCCACGCCGGAGCAGGUGAUGAAGAUGUACAUGCACAAGCUGAGCCCGUAUGAGCAUGAAGUGAUAUUUAACUAUCCGCAGAUCUACUUCUUAGGCGCCAACGCCAAGAAGCGCCAGGGAGCGCCGGAAACCCCGAACAACUGCGGCUACGACGACGAUCAAGGUUCGUACCUCCACAUUACGCACGAUCACAUCGCGUACCGCUUCGAGAUGCUCAAGGUGCUGGGCAAGGGCUCCUUCGGCCAGGUCGUCAAAGCGUACGACCACAAGCAGCACCAAUACGUGGCCCUCAAGAUGAUUCGCAACGAGAAGCGAUUCCACCGGCAGGCGCAGGAGGAGAUUCGCAUACUGGGCUUCCUGCGUCGCGAGGACCGCGACAACACGUUCAACCUGAUCCACAUGCUGGAACACUUCACCUUCCGCAACCACACGUGCAUCACAUUCGAGCUGUUGUCCAUCACCCUGUACGAGCUGUUCAAGAAGAACAAGUUCCAGGGCUUCUCCAUGCGGCUGGUGCGCAAGUUCACCCACUCGCUCCUGCAGUGCCUGGACGCGCUGCACCAGAGUCACGUCAUACACUGCGACCUGAAACCCGAGAACGUGCUGCUCAAACAGCAGGGUCGAUUGAGCAUCAAGGUCAUAGACUUCGGGUCAUCGUGUUUCGAACACCAACGCGUCUACUCCUACAUCCAGUCGCGCUUUUACCGAGCGCCGGAGGUGAUACUGGGUGCAAAGUACGGCAUGCCCAUCGACAUGUGGAGUCUCGGUUGCAUCCUAGCCGAACUACUCACGGGGCACCCACUCUUUCCUGGUGAGGACGAGGCCGAUCAGCUGGCCUGCAUCAUGGAGUUGCUAGGCCCGCCGCCUCAAAAGUUACUCGAUCAGGCCAAGUGGGCCAAGAACUUCAUCAGCUCCAAGGGCUACCCGCGCUACUGCAGCGUCGCUACGCUACCCUUCGGCGCCGUACUUCUAGGCGCGGGACGGUCUAGACGCGGAAAGCUGCGUGGUCCUCCGGGCUCCAAGGACUGGUCAAGCGCCCUCAAAGGUUGCGACGACCCCAUGUUCGUGGACUUCCUCAAGCGGUGCUUGGAGUGGGACCCCGCGACGCGCAUGACUCCGGCGGCGGCGCUGCGGCACGCCUGGCUCCGACGUCGGCAACCGCGUGAGCAGCAGCCUAUUGCCAUCAUUAUCCUCAUUUCAACAUUUACGGCGGCCAACCAGUGGCGCGGUGGUGGAGCAGUUGGCGGUGGUUGGCGGCGGCCGCAAGCGGCGCUUAUGAGUUCCCGGGAGUGCACAGCGAUGCCCCUGUCGCGCACGCGGUCCCUGAUCGCCAACAUGAAUGGCUCGGCGCCUUCGUUGGCGGCCGGCAACAUCGAGAAAAACGCCGCCAACAACAACAACUCUUCGGCGCUGGGUGGAAACGGUGGGGGCAGCGGGUCCAGUCCGCUGCCGCCCAUCAAGAGCCAGACCAUCGCGGGCUUGAAGUUCCAGUCGAGCGUGCACAAGCUGAUCGACAUGGACCAGAACGGCGACUCGCCCGACAACAAAGCGGUCGCCGUUGUCGGAAGCGGCGGUGGUGGCGCGGGGAAAAUAUUGGUGGCCACGCCGGAGCAGGUGAUGAAGAUGUACAUGCACAAGCUGAGCCCGUACGAGCAAGAAGAGAUAUUUAACUAUCCACAGAUCUACUUCUUAGGCGCCAACGCCAAGAAGCGCCAGGGAGCGCCAGGAACCCCGAACAACUGCGGCUACGACGACGAUCAAGGUUCGUACCUCCACGUUACGCACGAUCACAUCGCGUACCGCUUCGAGAUGCUCAAGGUGAUAGGCAAGGGCUCCUUCGGCCAGGUCGUCAAAGCGUACGACCACAAGCAGCACCAAUACGUGGCCCUCAAGAUGAUUCGCAACGAGAAGCGAUUCUACCGGCAGGCGCAGGAGGAGAUUCGCAUACUGGACUUCCUGCGUCGCGAGGACCGCGACAACACGUUCAACCUGAUCCACAUGCUGGAACACUUCACCUUCCGCAACCACACGUGCAUCACUUUCGAGCUGUUGUCAAUCAACCUGUACGAGCUGAUCAAGAAGAACAAGUUCCAGGGCUUCUCCUUGCGGCUGGUGCGCAAAUUCACCCACUCGCUCCUGCAGUGCCUGGACGCGCUGCACCGCAGGCACGUCAUACACUGCGACCUGAAACCCGAGAACGUGCUGCUCAAACAGCACGGUCGAUCGAGCAUCAAGGUCAUAGACUUCGGUUCGUCGUGUUUCGAACACCAACCCGUCUACAGCUACCUCCAGUCGCGCUUUUACCGAGCGCCGGAGGUGAUACUGGGUGCAAAGUACGGCAUGCCCAUCGACAUGUGGAGUCUCGGCUGCAUCCUAGCCGAACUACUCACGGGGCGCCCACUCCUGCCCGGCGAGGACGAGGCCGAUCAGCUGGCCUGCAUCAUGGAGUUGCUAGGCCCGCCGCCUCAGAAGUUACUCGACCACGCCAAGCGGGCCAAGAACUUCAUCAGCUCCAAGGGCUACCCGCGCUACUGCACCGUCACUACGCUACCCGACGGCGCCGUAGUUCUAGGCGCGGGACGGUCUAGACGCGGAAAGCUGCGCGGUCCUCCGGGCUCCAAGGACUGGUCAAGCGCCCCCAAAGGUUGCGACGACCCAAUGUUCGUGGACUUCCUCAAGCGGUGCUUGGAGUGGGACCCCGCGACCCGCAUGACUCCGGCGGCGGCGCUGCGGCACGCCUGGCUCCAACAAAACUCGGCGCAAAGGCGCUCAAGCUCCAACUCUAUCGGAAGUGCCCUUGUUAUGACCUGCAAAGCUGCUGUUCUAGUUGUGCGGUACGCGCUAGUUAAUGCAAUUAAUGGCAAUCGGUGUACGGAAAUGAUCUUUUCCUUAAGAAUUGCAUCGGGAGGAUAA